GCAACCGGCCCAGGCCAUUGGAAAAUGGUGAAGAUCCAGCAAUAGACACGCAGCACCUCACAUGGCCAUCGCACACGCGCCGUCCUUGUCUUUAUUCCGCCAUGGAUUCGCGGGCAAGCACGCCGCGGCAUGCCGACCGACGCAGGUUGUGUGUUGGCAUUUCCGAAUUGCAAGUCCGAGUCCUACCGCCUUCCCAAGCGAAGUCGGUGGUUGUGUGCGACCCUCCUGGUGACGCCCUCGAGUAGACCAAUCUUGAACUCGAUCGGCUCCUUCUCGGUACUGCUCCCCGAGACACCGACGACUUCAGUUGCGUUACCGACGUUCGCUAUUCAGUCUGCCACGGCCGCGACGACGACCCCCCUUCGGAAUUCUUUCCUCAUGCAAUCCAGUAGCCAGCCCAACUCGGCAGCUCUCCAACCCAAGCAAUGCACUAUCAAAUCCAUCCGUAAAGCCAACACUAUCCAAGCCCAACACGACCCAUCCUCGUUUGGCAACUAUCCUUCCACAUUUGUGGAACCACCCGACGCCGCCGCAUGCACAACAUACGUGGACGCGACGACUCGCCGUACAUUGCUCGUCCAGUCCAUGGACAAGCACCCGCCUGCAUGGUCUCCGCUUGAGCCCACCAGUGAAGCAGCUUGUGACGCCGCCGACACCAUCCAGACCAUUCUUGCCAUCCUGCGCAUGGCAAGUGCUUUGGACCUCCCCCAGCGAUUGAUAGCUGGCUCAGGCCAAGCCCCUUCCCCAGUCCACUCGGUCCCAGAGAGUUAUGGGACCACCCCCCAUUUAUCGCGACUGGGGGCUACGUGGCCACCGACAAAGUCGACUCGACAUCUGAGCGACGGACGGCCCACCUUGCUCUGCACUGCUCAUUGACGAGCACUGUCCGCAGUAGCACUUCUGUCUCGAGCCAUCUUCGAGACAACUGCAUUUUCACAUUCCGUGCGUUCCUUUCAAUGUAACAAGACGAUAUUUAUCUC